AUGUCUACCGCAUCAGUACAACAACCGAUUAUCCCUCCCCGACCUUCUAGGAGUCAGGAUAAGGAGGAGAACACCAACACUUCGUCUCUCCCCAAAAUCCCUCCUCGUCCCAUCAAGCGUUUCGACCGCUCCGUCUCUCCGAAUCCCGAUCGAUAUGCGCCCUCUCCACUGAACGAGAGCCCUUUCUCAAAGAGCCCCAAGGCUACCCGUUCCUCGCCGAGCAAUGGCUUCCUCUCUUCUCACGACCCUAUCCAUCACCGCCCCGGUAGCGUGUCUAUGCCUUCCGUUGGUGAGGAGGGUAACGAAUACGAUGCCAUCAACGAUGGAUUUGUCAAGCCGCCUCCCAAGGCACCUUCAUCUCCUGAACACACCCGCUUUGCUGCGGAAGAUCUGAAGCUUCACGCUCCUAAGCCCACUGUUCCGGCUCAGAGUGCCAAGCAGAGAGUUAUGGCAGUGACCCGCACCGAUUCGGAUAAGGCUGCCUCCUUUGGCAUUGGCAAGCCCAGCAGUGACGACACCAGGCCCAGCAGUCUCAGGAAGAAGGCCAGCUCGAGUGCCCUGUCUCAAAAGUCAGAGAGUGCCUACGGCGAUGAGGAGCAUGGCAUCCCCGAGAUUGGCCAGCGUGUUCCCAUGAACCCCCACUUGGGUGACGUCCAGGCUCCUUCUCCUGCUCCUGGUUCUGGCGCUGCCCCCGAGAGCCUCAGGUCGGGAACUCCGCGAAACCACUCCCGCAAGCACAGCUCGCGUGGUUUCAACGAGCUCCCUCCUGGCAGCUACGGUCUUCAUGGCCACAGCACAGCUUUGCCCACCGACAAGUUUGAGAAGGCCUGGUACGACAAGCACCCAGAUUUCCUGAAGAAGGACUGCAAACCUUCUCUCCACGACCGCCAAAACGACUACGCCAUGAGCAGCACGGAUCUGAACAAGAUUGUCAAGGAGACCCACAGCCGUGGUUCUGGCAUGGGAACCUCCGCUUCAUAUGUUGGCACCCCCAGCGAGGAAGUUGGAUACCAGGCUUCUGCAGAGUACACCUCUCGCAUCUCCUCCCCUGAACUUCAGCGCAUCAAGUCUCCUCAAAGUCCCUCGAAGGAUUCUCAUCCUCAGGUUUCUGUGUCUUCUCCGGACAAUGCGACCGGAAGCGAUGACGGUAUCGUCCACGUCGACGAAUCUCACAACCGCCGCAGGAGUUUCGUGUCGCACGACCCUGGACACGAGAACAAGUACAACGCACCUAUUCUGGCCGAAGACGAGUCUGGAGGAGACGUCCACCCGUAUGACCUCCAGCCCGCUGUUGAGCCCCCACCAGAGCGCUCCGGCAGUGCCUUUGAGAUGGAGAAGCCGAACCGUCCCACAAGUCGACCCACUAGUAUUUACAACAACAACCAGUCACAAACCGACCUGGUACACACCCCACUUGAGGAUGUUGAAGAGUACGAGCCACUCUUCGACGAGGAGCGCCCGGAGGGCAAGAAGUCUGAGGCCGAGGCAGCCAGCUCGAAGCCUCGUCACAAGUUCCCAAGCAAGGACGUCUGGGAGGACGCCCCCGACAGCGUCAACUAUACCGCCGAAGUUUCGACCCCGGAGCCCACAGAAUCAGAACGACCUUCCUCCAGACGCCGUUCCGAACUUCCCACAGAAAACCCCGCCUUGGAGUUUGCCCGCAGACAAGAAGAACUCGCAGAGCAGGAAGGCCGUGGGGUAGAUGCAAAGCAGAUGAAGCCAGUGCCUGCCGCUCUCCAGAAGGCCAAGGAAGACGCUCGCCCGACCAUGUCGAACCGGUUUCCCAGUCGCGACGUCUGGGAGGAUACGCCAGAAAGCGCCAUGCACGAGGCUAUCGUGGACACACCUGAGCCAAAGGAUGAGUCCCCGGUAGAAAAGCCGUUUGUGCCAGCACGCCCGCAGAAGAAGGGUUCACAAUCGAGCGCUACCGCAGAACCACCUUCCAUUCCUGAGCGGCCAAGAAAACAGAACUCGACAAGUGAGGAUAAGGCUAAGCCGGCUGUCUCGGAGAAGUCAAAACCUCAAAUUCCUGCUCGCCCUACCAAGACCCUUCCUUCCGGCGUCGACUCCAAGGAGCAAGACUCUGCUCCCAAGCAGAAGCCAGCUAUUCCUGGCAAACCUGCCGGAGGCAAGAUCGCAGCGCUCCAGGCCGGUUUCUUGUCUGACCUUAACAAGCGCCUUCAGUUGGGACCUACAGCUCCGAAGAAGGAAGAACCCCCCGCGGCGGAUGUUGCUGAGGAGAAGGAGAAGGCGCCCCUCGCUGAUGCUAGGAAAGGUCGUGCUCGUGGUCCCCAGCGUAGGGCUCCGGCGGCGAAGAGCCCAGCUCCCGCAGCUGUUGAGGCCAAGUCCGGACCUACACUCUCAUUCUCUCCUCUCAGAAUCUGCUGGAGCAUUGGCGAUAGCGGUGUUCUAGAGGUCGACGACGGUUCCAAAGAAGAACCCACCAAGGAGCCGGUUCCCGAGGUCGCCAGCACGGCUGCAGAGACCAAGGAGAUCAAGCCUGAAGUCUCGGCCAAGACGGAAGCACCCGAGGUGCCCGCCACUACGGAACCUGCUGCAGAGACUGCGGGAGUGGCCGAGGCUGAGGUUCCUAAGCCUGUGGAAGCUGAAGAUGGGGCUGAGGCGCCGAAGGAGGUCGUGAAGACCCUGGCGGCUAAUACUGCUGGCGAGCCUGUGGUCGAGGCGACUCUCGAGAAGGGUGCCGACGUCGAGCCUGUUAAUGUGAAGCAAACCGGAGGCGAAGCGGCAUAA